AUGGCGGAGGUGCCGGACGAUCGCGCUCCCGGUGGCGGGACGGAGGCUGACGGGCCGGCGAGCCCCCAGAAGCCGCCGCCCUCGCCACCGUCGCCGCCCCCACUGCCGUCGUCGCCACCUCUGCCCUCGCAGACGUCGCCCGCGGCCCCGGAGACCCCCGUGCUCCCCCAGCUCGAGCCGUCCGAGGCCUACGCCCGGCAACUGCUGCUGGAGGAGUGGGGGCCCCUGGGCAGGGGCCUGGAGCUGCCCCCGAGCCUCACCUGGAAGGUGCUCCUCCUGCGGCGGCCGCUCUACCGCAACCUGCUGCGCUCGCCCAACCCCGAAGGCAUCAACAUUUAUGAGCCAGCGCCCCCUACUGGUCCCACCCAGCGACCCCUGGAGACUCUGGGCAAUUUCCGAGGAUGGCACAUUAGAACUGAAAUGCUCCAGAAGGACCUAAGCUGGACGGUGAAGCAGCAGUGUGUGGACCUUCUGGCCGAGGGCCUGUGGGAGGAGCUGCUUGAUGACGAGCAGCCGGACAUCACGGUCAUGGACUGGUUCGAGGACAGCCGGCUUGAGGCCUGCGUCUAUGAGCUGCACGUGUGGCUGCUGGCAGCGGACCGCCGCACGGUCAUCGCGCAGCACCAUGUGGCCCCGCGGACCUCUGGGAGAGGCCCCCCAGGCCGCUGGGUGCAGGUGUCCCACGUGUUCCGCCACUAUGGCUCUGGCGUGCGCUUCAUCCACUUCCUGCACAAGACCAAGAACCGCAUGGUGCCCGGCGGCCUGCAAAGGACAAGGGUGACCGACUCCUCCGUGUCCGUGCAGCUCAGGGAGUGA